AAAAAUCGGAUGGGGAAAGAUGGACGCCGCGAGUGAGCGCAUCGGUUUUAUCUGAAACUCCUCGUCCUGGUAGCAAGAAUGGGCAAUCAAUUAGUGGGCAUCGCGCCCAGCCAAAUAUUCCCGGUAGAGCACUAUUUAACGGAUCACAAUGAUUUAUUAUUUGACGUGAAUUUAGGAAGUACCAGAUUCUUCAAAGUGGCCCGGGCCCGCAGUCUGGAGGGCCUGAUAGUCGUGAAAGUGUUCGCGAUUCACGACCCGACAUUGCCAUUAUCCACUUACAAGGACAAGCUGGAGGAGAUCAGGUCCAAGCUGGCCUCGGCUGUCAACUGCCUACCGUUUCAACGAAUGAUUCUCACAGAAAAAGCGGGCUCAAUAAUGCGGGAAUAUGUGAAAUAUUCUCUUUAUGACAGGAUCAGCACCAGGCCAUUUUUGACAAGCAUCGAGAAAAAGUGGAUCACUUUCCAAGUGUUGUACGCACUUAAUCAAGCCCACAAGUUUGGUGUUUGCCACGGUGACAUAAAAUUAGAAAAUAUUAUGAUAACCAGUUGGAACUGGGUACUACUCACGGAUUUUGCUAGUUUUAAGCCGACGUAUUUGCCAGAGGACAAUCCCGCAGAUUUUUCAUACUUUUUUGAUACCUCCAGGAGAAGAACCUGUUACAUAGCGCCUGAACGUUUCGUGAAAACACUAUCUUCAGAAUUGAGCAACACGUUGCUGUUACCGGAACAGGAAGUAAAGACGGGCGAUCUGCAUCCCAUGAUGGACAUCUUUUCCGCAGGUUGUGCUUUAACGGAAUUGUAUAACGAAGGACAUCCGCCGUUCGAUUUUUCGCAACUCUUGGCGUACAGAAACAACGAAUAUUCUGUGAGCAAGCACUUGGACAGUAUAGACGAUCCAGGGAUACGCGAGCUGCUUAGUUCAAUGCUGGAGAGAAAUCCGGCAAACAGGCAGAGCGCAGAGAUCUAUUUGGCUCAGACUCGCGGCACCAUCUUCCCGGAAUACUUUUAUUCCUUCCUACAGUCUUACAUGCUCAUUUUCUCUGCCGCUCCGAUCUUAUCGCCGGACGAGAAGAUAACGCGAUUGAAGAAGGACAUUGGUAAUAUUAUAAGUAUACUAAAGACGGAGGAAAGUGAACGGAUGAAAACGAGCGAGAUAAAACCCGCGGAAGCCGCGAAAUCUGGCCAAUGCGAGAGUAAUGUGGAGUCGAUCAAGGACGAUUCCGGCCACAGCGAGGAGAAUACGAUGGUGGAAGUCGACAGCGAUCAGAGCUCCGAUAAGACCGAUUUAAAUCAAACUGAUAUGAAAAGCACACCGCAAGAUGUUGGCAGUGACAUUCAAGUGGACACAGAAUCGGAGAUGAAAUCGUCCGAAGAUCGCAAGGCGUGCGACGCAGAGUCCAAGAAAUCAAUUUCUACCUCGAGUGAGAUUCUAGAAGGACUCGUUAUUAUAACUCAGCUCGUUACAUCUUGUAUAAGAGGAUUGCAUCACUCACAGUCUAAACUGCACAGCUUGGAGAUCUUAUUGGAACUGGCUGAAAAUGUUUCUGACGAGACAAUUCUCGAUAGAAUAUUACCUUACAUCUUCCAUUUGGUUCACGAUCCGGCGCCGCGGGUAAGAGUAUCAGCGAUACACACUCUAACGAAGUGUUUACAUCUUGUGAAAUCGAUACCAUCCUCGGACGUAAACAUAUUCCCUGAGUACAUUCUGCCAGGCUUAGCGCACAUAACUCAAGAUGAGGCAGUUAUUGUUAGGGCAGCUUAUGCAGAGAAUAUUGCAUAUUUGGCACACAUCGCCUUGCGUUAUUUGGAAAAUGCUCAUCUGUCUAACUUGGGCAACAAAGAGGGACCAAAGCCCAGUUACGACAGCGAACUGCAAACCUUGCAUGAAAUGGUUCAACAGUCGGUGUCUAUGCUAUUAACGGAUCCCCAAAAUUUGGUGAAACAGACGUUAAUGGAGAACGGAAUAAACAAAUUGUGCGUGUUCUUCGGAAAACAGAAAGCUAAUGAUAUUUUGCUCAGCCAUGUUAUCACGUUCUUAAACGACAAAGAGGAUAAGGAACUGAGAGGCUCUUUUUUUGAAUGCAUCGUCGGUGUGGCUGCGUACGUCGGUUGGCACAGUAGUCCUAUACUAAUGCCGCUUCUGCAGCAAGGACUAUCCGAUCCUGAAGAAUUUGUAACCACAAAGGCCAUAAAUGCCAUGGCAACUCUUACAGAAUUGGGUCUAUUACAUAAAUCUGCUCUGUAUCAGUUAUUAUCAGAAACUAUGGUCUUCUUGGUUCACCCAAAUCUUUGGAUACGUCAUGCAACAGUCGGUUUUAUAUCUGCGGCGGCGAGAACUCUGAAUGUGGUGGAUGUCCAAUGUAAAGUUCAGACAAUGCUCCAACCAUAUCUAAAGCACUCAUUGAUCCAAAUAGAAAAAGAGAUUUUAUUGCUCGAGGCACUUGUCCCGUCGAUAUCCAGAAUAGUGUACGAUUCCGUGGUGAAAUAUAAUGAUGUCGAGGAAUUAUUCCAAGUACUUGAACACAGGCAGGCAGCCAGGGCGAAAGCCAUAACGGGUGUUGUAUCGCCACAAUACAACGACAUGAGUACUUCCUUAAAAAAUCUUUUCAGACGACUGAGUUCGGAAUCGAUGACCGAGGCAGUUGAGAAUCAGUUGCUGAUCAUGAAACCACACUUGAUGAAGAUCAACAAGUAUCGCAAUUCCGCGGACUCGAAGCAAAACGCUAUCAAGUCCGUGGAUGGCAAACUGGAGCUAAGUCCUGUGAAGGAUAGGAUAAGACACCACGUCGUCGUGUUGUAUCCCGAUACUAAGGGAGACUUAACUCUGCCGCCCUUCAAAAGAUUGGAUCGAAGAACAUCGGAGACGGUUAGCACGUACGCAACAAUGAAUCAAGAAUGGCGCACGAUGUUUGCAGCUCAAGAUAACACUCAGCACGCCAUCGUUAAAAUGUCAGACAUGACCGGGAGCAGUGGCAGCCCCAGCCAGAGCAUACACAGCGGAGACAUCCAUCUCUCUCCGCAUCAUUGCCUAUCGGAUAUGACGAGCAUUAAUUCUCUCAUGAACGAUCAUUCGCUUCACGAGCGGUCUUACAUACAAUAUAGGUGUGCGCCUUGCCGAUUAGAAGUGCGGCAGUUAACGUACCGAAAGCAGGAGCAACACGCAGCAGUAUUAAGAGCGAAGCGUUGGGCCAACAACAUCGCCUGUGAAGCUGGCUCCACAUCACUGCCAAAGGAUUGGAGGCCCCGAGGAAUUCCCGUCGCGCAUCUUCACGAGCACCGAGCUGCGGUGAACAGACUGGUUUCAAUACCGGAUACCAGCCUGUUCGCGAGUAGUUCCUCCGACGGAUGCAUUAAGAUUUGGGACGCCAGUAAGAUGGAGGGACGAAAUAUCGCUAAUCGUUCUAGGCAAACGUACAUGCACAGAGGAGGUCCGCUGGUUGGCUUAACCGUAUGCGACCAAGGGCAAUCUUUAGCGAGCUCGGCGAGCACGUCUGGAACGGUGUUCGUACUUCGGAUUGAGCCGAAUUCUAGUAAAAUGAGCCUGAUCGGCACUCGUCAAUUGGAUCUCCAGGAAGAAGGAUGCGCAGUCGACCUUCAGUAUCUAGAUUCCGGCUCGCAAUCGGUUCUCGUGUACGCCUCGUUGUAUGGGUCACUGGUAGGUUGGGAUCUACGGUGUCCCGGCACAACGUGGCGUUUGGAAAACGAUUUGAAGCAUGGAGUCAUCACAUCGUUUUGCGUAAACAGUCAUCAGCAGUGGUUAACCAUCGGCACGAGCUCGGGUUUCCAUAUCUGUUGGGACUUGAGGUUUCAAUUGCCGAUAACGAGUAUCAAGCAUCCAACAGGUGCCAGAGUGCGAAAGGUGAUUACGCAUCCAAUGGAGCAUUCGUGGAUAAUCUCGGCGGUGCAAGGUAACAACGAGAUCUCCAUGUGGAAUCUGGAGACCGAUCAUCGACAGAUGGUUCUGUGGGCAUCGAAUGCUCCACCGUUGAGCCGUACUCAAACUGGUCACACUGUAUGCGCUAUGUACGCCGGAUGCAUCGAUUGCUCGGGCUUCCUUCUGGCUGGCGGAACCGAUAUGCGUUUACGCUUCUGGGACUUCAAUAGACCUACCGUAUCCUAUGUCGCUCUACCCGCUGCUAACGAUGUACUCACUCCAAAUUCAUUGGCAUACGAUUUACGUUUAAUCGACGGAACGAACGUCGUGCAAGAAGUAUUGGUGGACGACGAUUCUAAUCCGUUGUCCGGAAGUGAUGCGAGAGGAAGAAACAUGGAGGAGAGCGGCCCCGAGACUCCACCCUCCGGCCAGCACGACACGAUCUCCGCCGUGGCCAUGUCGAACACCUGCAUUCUCACCGGCAGCACGGACGGCCUGAUACAGGUCUGGAAAUGAUUGUUCUUCUCGCUCCUGAAUAUGAUUUCACAGUUCCUCGCGUGGACGACAAAGGAUUUUAUCAGUGCAAUGCGGAAUUUCUCCUCAGUAAUAACGAAAACAUUGUGAUCCAAGUAAGGGAUAAGUUAUUCUAGAUUUCUUCAGGUAAAUUAUCCAGCAAUGCCGGACAGUGAUCGUAGUAUAAUUUAUUUAAGGACGGUCGGGGAAAUUGGGAUGUGGUGUAACUGUGAUACCACAAUGUCCCGUUUCGGCAAAAACUACCAAUCAUAUUUUUUUAACAAUUCCGUGAUUAUCAUCGACGACAGGUCUCAUUGCGAUUGUUACGAAGUUACGAUGGUAUCAUACUUAUCUCACUGUGCAAAAGCAAAACUAAAUCUACAGAUGUAUGUUUGUUUCCAGAUUUUUGUUCACGUUUAUAUCAUUUUAAAACAAUUGAAAAUCGUGUUUCUCUAAAUAUAAUUUUAUAGAUUAACUAUAGACCAAUACAACUCUCUCGAUUGUAUUUAAAUUUAAGCCGUAUUUAUAUUGUUUAAUUUGCUUGGAUAAUUAAGACGAUUCUUGUUACUUUCUUAGACCUGUUAUACAAUACGUCGCUUGUCGCUGUCGGAUAUCGCGACAAACGACGUAUUGUAUAACAGGCCUAAGGACGUUCAUCGGCUGUAAUCGUAGCCAAAAGUUUUCGCCCACAUUUGGUUUUCUUUCCGUACAGCGACACGACUUUUAGCGUAAAUUAUACACACUACACAAUUAACGCAGCUCUGCGUCUUACAUGUAUACAUUAGCACGGUUUGUUAAAAACGAAGAUCGAACAAUGUUGCCUUUGUGACUGUAUUGGCCGACACGCUUUGAAAUAUCGUCAGAUGGAAAAUUCCGGAUUACAAUUACACAUAAACGGUAUGACUACGUAUCCCUAUCUUGUAAUAUAUAUCAUUCCUAAUAUCAUUAUGCAUCAUAAAUUAGUAUUUUUAGCAAAAAUACAUAAACAUUUUCUAUCACAAUAAAUUAAAAUAUCCCUGUAGAACAUGUUUCGCCUAUACCAUGAGAGUAAUUUUGAUAUUGAAUAUCUUGACUUCGGUACGGACACGGUUUUAAAAAUUGAGCGGGCAUAUAGAUAACACUAUUAAUUGUACAUGGUCCAAAUUUGAAGCAAAUGCAUAGAAAAUCGAAUUGCCGAUGAACGUCCUUAAACCAAGCAUCAACGUACGCACAACACCGUGCUGUACGAACUCUGUGAUCCUGGACUGUACAUAAGAGUAUGUAAUAUACAUAAUGUUCAAGACUACCGAUGAUUAUAAUUGCGUUAUGGAGGCGUGCAUUUUUUUAAAAACUUGAACGUAAACUUACAUGAUAACAUAUAUAUAUAUAUAUAUUGUAUAUAACUUAUUUUUAUAUGUAAGAAAAAGAAAAAAUGAGAGAAAGAAAGAGAGAGUUCUGAGUAUUAAUGAUAUAUUAGACAUAUGUGAUGAGUUUAGAAUGUCGAUGUUACACAGAUCGAUAGAUAAACCUUUGAGAUAAUUGUAUCUAAGUUAGCAAAUAUUUAGCGGAUCCGUACGCGCACUAUAAAUUUAACAAAGUUGCAUCAAUGAAGUGACUUUGCAGUAAAAGUGACCUGUAAGCCACAUUUUUACAGCUCUUAGUUGUAUUUUUUUUAGCUUUAUUCCUUGGAUUAUCCAUACCGAUGAAUUUUUUUCACUCCGAUACAAAGUCACUUUCUGCAAUGCGAUAAAUUUCGUAGUCGCGUUUUUCUUCUUUUUUUUAAAUUUAGCACACAUGCGAAUACGGACCGAGAAGCGAGAAGUAAUAAAAUUCAUGUACGAAGGAUGCAACGCGAACAAUUAUCUUCUCGCUUCGUACCUUACAUGAUGAGCGCGUAAGUAGCUAUGUGUAAUCACGAAUAUUUAUGUACGCUAGUUUGCUAGUAUUGUCACACACGGACGCAUACGUACACGCAAUUACAUUGACUGAAAUACUCAUAACCGGUGGACGUAUAUUGUCUAAAAAGCUACGUUGUUACAAUAAAUUCAUAUUUUGAACGCA